AUGUCGUCUCCGUACGCCACCUUCCAGACGCCGCCGCCCGAGACGACCAUCCUCAAGCUCACCUUCCCGGCGCCCUACGUCCUGCUCGUCACCAUCAAUCGUGAAAAGGCCAUGAACUCCAUCACGAUGGCCGGCCACUGGGAGGGCGACGCCGUCUGGACCUGGUUCGACGAGGAGCCCGAGCUGCGCGUGGCCAUUUUGACGGGCGCCGGCACACGCUCGUUCUCGGCCGGUGCCGACCUCAAGGAGGUCAACAGGACCCGCGGCAAGGGCACCGCGCCCGUGACCCUGCCCACGGGAUCGUUCCUGGGCUUCGCGCGCCGCCUCGGCAAAAAGCCCGUCAUUGGCGCCGUCAACGGCUAUGCCUACGGUGGCGGCUUCGAGCUGGCCCUCAACUGCGACAUGGUCCUGGCCUCGCCCACGGCCACGUUCAGCCUGCCCGAGGCCAGCCGCGGCCUGUACGCCGCCGCUGGCGGCCUGGCCCACGCUGUCCGCAACUUCGGCAUGCAGCUCGCCGGCGAGAUUGCGUUGGCGGGCCGCAUCAUGACCGCGCAGGAGCUCGAGCGCCUGGGCUUCUGCCGCGUGUCCAAGACGCAGGCGUCGCUCAUCGACGAGGCCGUUGCCCUGGCCAAGGCCGUGGGCCAGCAGUCGCCGGACGCACUGAUCGUAACUCGCUCAGGGUUGCGUCAGGCGUGGGAGACGGGCAGCGUGGAGCGCGCGGCGCAGAUCACCGAGGAGCGCUACGGCAAGGCACUUAUGGACGGUGAGAACAUGAAAAUUGGCACCGCUGCCUUUGCCCGCAAGGAGCAGCCCAAGUGGGUUCCGUCGAAGUUGUAG